UUAGAACAUAAAUACAUGAUUCGCAUAGCCGCAACUCUUAACGUAGGAAACUGCAUUUCUAAUCAGACAUUUAAAUACUUCAAAUUAAAUAAUAAUGAUGAUGAUAAUAAUAAUAAAUAAAAUAAAAAAGAUUAUUAUUUUAAAAAAAAGAGCAAAUAAAUGAAAAAUAACAAGGUUUUCAGAAUAUUAAACAGACGAUUGGCUUCAUAACGCAAGAUAAAAAAUUAUCAACGAUUACACUUUAUUUAAAAUAUAAUAUUAAUUAUAUCCAGUUUGAUAAAUAUAUUUAAACGCGUCUUUGCUCGCGCUCGAUUCAAAGCCAGAGCGCGCGGACAUUAUUCUCCACACUGCCGCGCGACGGCUCAACGUUCCAGGACGCGCAGCAAACCUCAUUCCAAACUCGCUCAAAAUGAUGUUUAAAAAUAUAAAUCUCCAUCCAGAGGGCUGCUUUUCGAGCUGUUCUUAUCGCAUGCUUGACAAAAUGGGGUCUUUCGUGUCGGGCUCCGCCAUUUUGUGGCAGAAUUACUUGUGAGAGGGGUGCGUGUAAUGGUUGAAUGUAGUCACCCCGUGUCGUUUAUAUCCGCCCGGCGGUUAACACAAGGGACCGGGAGUAAAUAAUUGCUCGUCCACAGCAACAAAGCGCAGGCUGAACUUUAACUGAAGACAAAACGAUUUAACUCAUUCUAUCAUUGUUCUCCGUCUGAGCUACGCGCAAUGCUAGAUAUGGGAUGUUUCGUAACAGUCCUCGUUUAUAAGUCGUUAGGAAAUGUCCGGAAUUGCAUGUUUAUAGCACAAUGGUGAUCUCUUUUCAUAAAAUAGCUACGGUGGUUCAGAUGAGAAGUGUCUGAGUUAGACAGUUGUUUUUUAAUGGCUUGUUUAGAUACUUGUGAAAUAUGUCAAGAAAGAAAUCACUUUUUAAACGAAGUCUAAGUGGACAUUCCCUUCCCCCCACCAAUGGCCAUAGCUGGUUCCCGUUUUUAACGGCCUCGCGGAGUUUUGUGACGCUCCCUUUCCCCCUGCUUGCUCCUUCUAUUGUUCGUUAGCGGCGCUGUGGCGGUUGCAGUGCCGCUGCUUGCCUGCUGGGGGCGCCGCGGAGCCGCGCGGCCUCGGGUCUUUUUGUCUGAACUGGAUCCCGCUGCCGCUUUACAGUGUGCGCGAUUAAACCGGAGACGCGUCCGUCCCGCUCUGUCAAAAAACCCACUCCAAAAGCCAACGCAAGCGCAGCCGGUACCGUUGAUUUCCCGUGCAGCCGUGAGCAUGGCGCGUGCGGUGCUGCUGGGCUGAGCUCGCUCGGGUUCACGGGCUGCUCUGGGUGCCGUUGGAGCGGGUUUCUCCACUCUCCUCAUCCUCCUCCGCCGUCAUUUCUUUAACUUUUCAAACACGCAGCCGCGCCGGAGCGGAGCGGACCGGAACAUGGGAUCGCCGGACUCUUAGGAACCGAAUCUGAGCCGGGGCUUUGACCGAAUUUCAGCGAAACGAUGGCGAACUCGACGGGGAAAAACCUCCCCGAGCAGCGGAGGAAAGGACAGGCUUUCCUGGACGAGCUGCGGCAAUUUCACCACAGCAGAGGAUCUCCGUUUAGAAAGGUUCCCGUGGUGGGUGGAAAGGAGCUGGACCUAAGCGCGCUGUAUAUGAGAGUGGUGUCUUUAGGGGGGUUCGCGAAGGUGUCCGACAAGAACCAAUGGGCCGAACUGGGCGAGGAUUUUAAUUUCCCCAGGAGUUGCUCGAAUGCUGCUUUUGUUUUGAAACAGUACUACCUUCGCUACUUAGAGAAGUAUGAAAAGGUGCAUCACUUUGGAGAGGAAGAUGAAGAGGAACAGCCGGGGAAUCCUAAACCUUUGCUUCCAAUUGGUGCAAUACCCACGACAUACAACUACCAGCAACACACUGUAUCAGACUAUCUCCGCCAAAGCUAUGGGCUGUCAAUGGAUUUCGUCCCUCCAUCUGAUUACAACAAACUGGUGCUGUCUCUCCUGUCUGGACUCCCAAAUGAGGUGGACUUCGCCAUUAACGUCUGCACGCUACUGUCCAACGAGAGCAAACACGCCAUGCAGCUGGACAAAGAGCCCAAACUCGUCACGCUGCUGCUUGCGCACGCCGGAGUGUUUGACGACUCAUUAGGCAGCUUUUCUGCUGUAUUUGGGACAGACUGGCAGGAGAAAACUUCACGAGACUUCGUAAAGUUUUGGAAAGAUGUCAUUGAAGAUAAUGAAGUCAAAGAUCUCAUCUCAGACAGGAGCUGCACAACUCAAAAUGGUUUUGAGACUAGAGGUAUCUGCUCUUCUCUCUUCCACCCGCCACGUAACGUGGGCAUCGGUGACGUAGAGGGCCAGCGGGUACUGCAGGUGGCCAUGAUUCUGAGGAACUUGUCUUUUGAGGAGACCAACAUCAAACUCCUGGCAGCUAAUCGCACAUGCCUGCGCUUCCUCUUGCUGUGUGCGCACUGCACCUUCAUCCAGCUGCGACAGCUGGGUCUCGACACGCUCGGCAAUGUCGCAGGAGAGCUUCAAUUGGAUCCAGUUGAUUUUCGAACAACUCAUCUGAUGUUUCACACCAUCACCAAAUGUUUGAUGUCACAGGAUCGCUUUCUCAAAAUGAGGGCCAUGGAAAUAUUGGGCAACCUGAGCAAAGUAGAGGAUAACGGUGUUCUGAUCUGCGAGUAUGUGGAUCAGGAGUCGUACCGAGAGGUCAUCACCCUCCUGACAUUACCGGACAUCAUACUGGUCAUCUCCGCUCUGGAGGUUCUGUACCAGCUGGCCGAGCUCGGGGAGAUCACGUGCACCAAAAUCGCCUCCGUGGAGAGAAGCAUAGAUCUUCUAGUGCGAUUGGUGUCAGUAGACCUGCACACAUUUGGACCAGAUGCCCUGACGGCAGUAAAACUUAUCGAGCAUCAGGCCUCCAGCAGUCAGGUAUCAGAGGUUCGACCGCAGCUCGUAGAGAACGUUCCCCCACCUACACAAGGCACUCCUGGCCCUGUGAACAGAGCACCUGUGCAGUCCACACCUCCACCUGGGAUUGUGGAGGUAGAUGGAGAGAAAUUCUCAGCUCAGUGGCUAAAUGCUCAUUUUGAGGUUCAUCCAGAGGGUUCGGUCUCUCGCUCAGAGAUGUACUCUGAAUAUCUGGCAACCUGCAGUAAAAUGGCGCGGGGUGCCGUGGUGACAUCCAACAACUUCUACAAAUGCCUGAGGACGCUUUUUCCCAAUCACACGGUGAAGCGGGUGGAGGACUCACGCCUGAGUGGGCAGGCUCAAAUCCAUGUGGUUGGUGUGCGAAAGAGGUCUAUUCCUCUUCCUGUCCAACUUUUUUUUCCACAGCAGGUGGCCAAUCCUGCACUAGUUCCCAAACAUGAAGCCCCCUCAGAAUCUCCACAGUCCCAGUCAGCGUUGCCCCCUGGUAUGGGUGGGCAGUUCGUCCGGGCACCAACACCAAGCCUUAAUGCCGGCCAGGCAGCACCACAGGUGGCCUUGACCAUGCACGGGACUUUGCACGGCAACGGCCACAAUGUUCCCAGUGCUCCUGCGCCAGCCCAGACUUUUCCACGUCUCCCAGUGAACCCAACGGGACCAGGCGCACUUCCCCACUGCUCUCCGACUACUGCCCCAGUUCCCCCACGUCCCAAUGACAUUCUGAAGACGGCCAUGAUCCAGAGUGCUAUCCCCACAGCCUCUGGAACACCAGCUGUUCCUAACCACAGCGCUUGCCCUGCGGGCUCUCCUACCCAGCAGACCCUGUUCCACCACACUCCCGUCACACUGAUCCAGCAGGGGCCGCCACAAGGACAUAUAUUUACAGGUAGGGUACAAGGUGUUUGUCCUUCGAUAGCCCCUCAGGGACAGCAAGGUGCCCCUUCUCAAGAGGCUCUGGUAAUAGCACCCCCUCAGUAUGUGAGUGCACCCUGUACUUCACUAAUGGCAGGAGGGCAGGUGGUGACUGUCACAGGUGUGCAGAGUGCACAAGGGCCUCGUGUCGCAUCGUUUCAGAACAUUGCACCCAAACCGGCACCACAAGUGCAGUCGCCACAGCAGCAGCAACAGCAAAGUUUAGUCAUCGUUAGUCCCAAUCCACAACCAAACACUGCUUUUGCCCCAGCCAUCCAUCAAAUUGUACUGACCAACCCCUCAGCCAUGCCCAGUACUCAGACCAUUCAGCUGCCAGGGCAACCCACGGCACCUUCACAGCCCACGCCACCUCCUGGCCAACCUCCUGUUUCUCCAAAUGUGCAGCAGCAAGGUCAGCCCCAUACAGUCAGCCAGAUUCUGUCUGUCAAGCGGCAUCAGCAGUUUCAGCUUCAACCACCUCCUCCACCCCCUCCUCCUCCCCCUGGCCAACCUACCUCCACAGAAUCCAGUCUGAUAAAACAGUUACUGCUUCCAAAACGUGGUCCUUCCACCCCUGGCGGAAAACUCAUACUCCCUGCUCCACAAGUCCCAGCCCCUGUGUGCACCAGAGCUCCUAGCCCGCAAGUUGUGUACCAGGUAACCAACAGUGGUCAGGGGGCACCUCAGCCGCAGCUGAAUGUGCAGCUUGUGCAGAGUCCCUUGCAGGCGACCGGUGCUGUCCCCAUCUCCAUCCUUCCUGGGCAGAUCAUUUCCACCUCUACCCCUGGCACCCUUCUGCAAGCUGCUACCAGCAACCAAGUUACCUUCACAGUAGUGCCAAACUCUGGCUUCCCUGCUGCUGCAGCUGUCAGCCAGGGAGCGCCGGCUCCUAUCGCAUCUCAGACCGGCCUGUCGGUCAGCACAGCCUCGCCCGCCAUUGGCCUGCAAUUGACUCCCUCUCUGUCAGUUGCAGGAGCCACUUGCCCCUCGCCCAUGCCACCUUUCAGAGGUGACAAAAUCAUCUGCGAAAAGGAGGAGGAAGCCAAGGACGCCGCGGGACUCAACACCCAUGAGCGUAAGAUUGAGGUCAUGGAGAACUCCUCUGUCGCUGAUGGUUCUGCCAAAGCCAGCAAUGGGGACUCUGCGGAGGUGGACAGACCUGCGUUCAAGAUGCUCAACGGGAGGAAAUUCGACUCGAGUCUACCUCCGUACAACUCAGGGAACAGCCAAGCAGAGGCUGCACAGGGCAUGCAGGCACUGAACGGCCCCACCACGCAGAGCGCCGAUGGCCCUGGGAAGCAGGCAUUGGGGGGCGCACCGUCUGACCCUAAAAAGCUAAUGGUAAACGGGGUCUGUGACUUUGAACGAUUGGACCCCACUACUGGUACCCAUCCAUGCAAAAACAUUCCAAAUCAUAAGGCUUCCAAACACAUGGGGAACGGGGAGGUGCUGUCACCUCAGAAAGCGCACGGGGCUUUAGCCCUCACGGAUUCUCUUGCUGCUCCUCAGCAGGAUACUGCCAAAGCAGAGCACGCAGAUCGCUUGGCCAACGGGCCCAAGAUCUCCAGCUACAGCGCUGAGAUUUCCAACGGCCCCUCAGUUCAGAACUCAGAGACACUGGGCCUGAGGCAACAGCACCCACAUUAUAACCACUCCCCACCUCCACCCGCAGCUGUUACUAACCUCCAGCGCGCAACUGGAGCUGAGCUGCCCUCGCCUCCCACUAACGGCACCUCUGAGAGCCGGCCGCUAAAGAGACCACUGGAGGAUGUGGAUAGAGGUUCCUCCGGAAUCCCCACGAAAAUGGGUGUACGGAUAGUGACCAUCAGUGACCCCAACAAUGCUGGCAACAGCUCCACCAUGGUGGCCGUGCCAGCGGGCGCAGACCCAAGCACAGUAGCAAAAGUAGCAAUAGAGAACGCAGCGCAGCAGAGACCAAGUGUGCCCUCUCCGCAUCCUGAAACCAACGCUCAGCAGCCUUUGUCGGUGCAGACUCCGCCCCCAGUGGUGCAGCUUGCACAGGGAACCAAUCAGAAUUCGCAAGCAACCUCCCUCUCUCAAGAUCAAGCACGUAAACCUGGACAGAACUUUAAAUGUCUGUGGCAGGGAUGCAAACGAUGGUUUGAAACGCCAUCACAGGUGUUUUACCAUGCUGCUACCCAUCAUGGCAGUAAAGACGUGUACCCUGGGCAGUGCCUCUGGGAGGGCUGUGAACCUUUCCCUCGCCAGAGACUAUCCUUCAUCACACACCUGCAGGAUAAGCAUUGCUCGAGAGAAGCGCUCAUAGCUGCACUCAAACUGGAGGAGCAAACACAAGGCAGCAACCCCAACACUUCCAAGUCUCCUCCAGCAGUGGUCAGCAGUCCUCCUCCCCCUUCCAGGCCGCAGAAAGCGCUCGUCAAUCACCCUAGCGCAGCUCUGAUGGCUCUACGCAGGGGCUCGAGAAACCUCGUGUUCAGGGACUUCACAGAUGAUAAAGAGGGACCAAUGACCAAACACAUUAGACUAACUGCUGCCUUAACGUUAAAGAACAUCGCUAAGUACUCUGAUUGUGGACGGAAGUUGGUAAGGCGGCAUGAAAAUCAUCUCUCUGUGCUGGCGCUGAGCAGUAUGGAGGUCUCCACCACGCUCGCUAAAUGCCUUUACGAACUUGCACGCACGCUGCAGGCCUGAGCUCAGCUCAAGCCAAAAGAACUUCUUUGAAAGGAAAUACAAACCUGAUUUCCCCAUUCUGCUGUCACACAGGUCGCCAGCGUUGUUGGGUCACGGGGUGAUACCUCUCGCCCCCCGAAACCCCUCCCCCACCUCACUCUCUCUCCAUUCCACUGACCCCCACCCGCCUCCCUCACAAACUGCCACGGGUCUUCCACCAGCCACUCAGAAACCAGCGCCCAUUUCACUCUUCUAUCCGCCUCUUCACGCCCGGCCCAACGAGCACAUUUUUAUAGUCCCGGAUGAGCACCGCUGAUUGGGCGAGAGGGGGAUUCUGUGGGCGGGGCAAGUGGACAAAACGGUGCGGGCGGCAGAGGUGUGGCUAGAUCGUUUGUUUUUCUUUUUUCUUUAUAACUUGAUAGCUUGGUUUUCUUACUUGAGCUGAUUAUAUUUUCACUUAUUUAUUAUUGAAAUAAAUACCAAUAUGAGUAAAUGAGAGAACAUUUUUUGUAAAUAUUUGUGAAUAGAUAUAAAGUAAAUCACCCUUCAUGCCGCUGCUGCCGCUGGUAUCAGAAGCAUUACUUUAGUAGGUUCAAAUUCACUUUUUUUAUUUUAACCCGUUUACUUGUAUGAGAUGUGAUUCUAUACUCAGCAGUGGAUGAAUGUACUUAAACCCUGUAAAUAUUCUGCGAAGGUACUGAUGCUGUAAAGUUUUGGGAGGGCUGGCGGAGGGCUACAGGCUUUUCUUUGUGGAACUGUGAUUACAUUUUUUGUUUUUUGCCCCAUUUUCUUUUUGUACUAUUAUAACUUGUAGAACUCAUUUUGCUGGCUGAAAGAGUAUGAAAUAAUAUAUCAAAUGUCAUUUUGUAGAAGAGACGAAAAAACACAAAUAUUGAAGAUAUUCCCCUCAAUCUGUAUUCACUGUAACCGACAGUGUAUGAGCCUGCCGUACGCUCGUACGCGAUUCUUUUUGUAUUUGUAAAAUGGUUUAAAUACAUGGAGUUUUAUACAGGUUUUCUCGUGUGUUAUUUGCUUUCCGUGCAGGUAUGAUAUUUUCCUCCAGACCUUUUUUCUAUCUUAAUAUAGUGUGGGAUUUUAUUGUACUAAUUUUUUUUUUUUUUCGCGUUCUUACGACCACGCCACAUUCCAGCUCUGGACCCCCCAGGCUGUCCUCUCUGCUGUGUGUUGUGUAACAUUUAUUACUGUAGUGUUAGCAUCCCAGCGGGGACCCCCGGGACCCCCCCCCCCCCAUUUCUGCAGUGUCUGUAGGGUGUGCGAUUAUACAUAUAUCUAACAGUCUGAUAUAGAUUGGCUUCAUUUACUUUGGUGACUGUUUAUAGUUUUUAAAUAAAAGACUGAACAUUUUUGCCAUGCGUUUGACAUGCCAAUUUAUUUGACAAACUGUUGUUUUUAUUAUUUGUUUCCAAAUAAACGUACCUAUAAAAAUCUAUCUUCCUGCUAAGGAUGUGCGUGAGUAAUCGAUUAAUCGAGUACUCGUUCACCUUUAAAUAUUCGACUAGUAAAAACAGCACUCGAAUAUUACAAUUUGAUUUUCAUUUGUGUCUUUGCCUGUUGUGGGCAACAGUGAAACUGCUUCUCUCUUCUACAUUUUGCAGUUACAAUCUUGCAUGAUGUUGUAAUACAGUAAUUCACACAAAAAUGAAAAUUCUGUCAUUAUUUAAAGUG